UAAGGAGCAACACACAACGCGAAGAGUCUCCACACGUGACAGCGACACGGCGCUUAUAUCUGGCAAAAGGCAGCAGCGAGCAUCAGGAGCGGUCGGGAGUUCCAAGUCCCCACCGCUCAGUCUGAGCAGCGCGCAAAACGCAGACUCACUUCACCGGCUCUCGUUUUACGCUCUCAAACAAGCAACACAUGUGUUUCUGCUGGAAGCCAAGUGGACGAGCCUGAGAGAGGAAACGCAGAGGGAUGCUGCACGUUCCCCAUUCGCACUUGCACUCAGAGGUGGGAAGCUGAAAGUGGAACCGGAGCGGAAUUGUACUUAAUCUUGUGAAAGCGCACGGACACUUUUACUCAGUGAGGAUCAGCGCGCUCCAUAAAAUGAUCCCAGUCGGCGACUUGAUACGAUGUCACAUCUCGUCUUAUGUUUGACACAUCCGAUGACCAGCUAAAGAAACGUGGAGGAGGACGUUUCACAGAUUUCGAGAUUUUAACUGGAGUCCGAGCUACACACCGCCGUCCAGAUGCAGUUUCGACUCUUCUCAUUUGCCCUGAUCAUAUUGAACUGUAUGGAGUACAGCAACUGUCAGGCGCCGUCGCACCGCUGGAGGAGAAACAAAAGAGCUAUGGUGCGUACCCCAUCUGUAAAGGCUGCUCGGUGUGCUCCAGGGAUAACGGCUGUGUGAACUGCCAGCCCAAACUGUUCCUGUUUCUGCGGAGGGAGAGGAUGAGGCAGUACGGGGAGUGUCUUCACGACUGUCCGGCCGGAUACUACGGCAUGCGCAGCCCCGAACUCAACAUGUGCUCCAGGUGCAGGAUAGAGAACUGCGAGUCCUGCUUCAGUAAAGACUUCUGCACCAAGUGCAAGUCGGGUUUUUACCUACACAAAGGGCGCUGCUUUGAUAAGUGCCCCGAGGGCUUUGCCCCGCUGGAAGAUACCAUGGAGUGUGGAGAGGGCUGCGAGGUGGGUCAGUGGAGCGAAUGGGGAGCCUGCACCAGGAGAAACAAAACCUGUGGCUUUAAGUGGGGUCUGGAGACCCGAACGCGGCACAUUGUAAAGAAACCACCCAAGGACACAAUACCCUGUCCCACCAUCGCCGAGUCCAGGAUGUGCAAAAUGGCCAAGCGGCACUGCAGGAACGGUGGUUCAGGAAAGCAUCGAUCCAAAGAGCCAAAGAAGAAGAACAAGCAGAGGCUGCGGUUUCGAGCUCAGAACCAGCACAGUGACCACUUGGCCUCUAAACGCUCCAGCCAGUGAGGACUGAAACUACCCAGUGAACAAAGAACCAACGCAAAGCUGCUAGCCGCUGCUGCACCUAUAUUCUGAUUGACGACUAUCACGAACCCCGCCACCUCCCGUCCUGCUGCCCAGCCCUAUCCCACCUUCGCCCUGCCAACCAGGACUCAUAAAUCUGCCAGUCCAACAAUAUACAGCAUAUAAUGUGUGAUAUAAGUACAACACUAAACCACAACCACACCAAACACAUGCUUUCAUGCCUCUGCCUCCUGCUAAUUCUCCCCGAGCUGCAGUGACCAGCCAGGUGACUCUGUUCUCCCAGCCUUGUUACCUUGUGGAUCUUUACAGUUGACAUUACUGAACUCAUUUCAUCGUCAUUAACAAUGUCAUUCAACGUCUGGGGUGACGGAAGACGGAGGAGCCACCAGAGGUACCGCGGAGGAGCCAGGAAGGGGACGGUGAGGUUGUGAGGGAGUUGGCGACAUAAACUGUUCGGGAGAGAUUUAAAAAUACGCUCGAGGAAGCAAAACGAUGCUGAUGGACAAGAAAAUGGCAUCUUGACCUGAGAGAGAGACUAUUUUUUUGUUCCCUAUAUUUAUGUCAAAGCUAUCCUUACCUUCCUUAUUCAUGGAGACAAGUGUUCCCAUUGUGGCCUUUAUGUUAUGUACAUUUUUGAGAGUAAUAUUAAAAGAAAUUACCAUGCAUAGUUGCAAAGUAUUUUAUUCUCAGCACAAACUGUUUACGUUCAGACCGCUUUAUGCUCUAACUGUAUAGUGUGGUUAAAAAACUAAAAAAGAAGAAGAAGAAAAGAAUAAAUUUAGUUGUUCAACUAGCAUGGCAACAGACUCGUGUACAUAGUUGAUCUAAUAUUGAAAGCUUAUUACUGUAUUUUCAGUAUUGACUCGUUCAUCGUUCUAAAUGUUUUAGAGAAAAAAAGGUUGUAAUACAAGCUACAGAUUAAAAUGAUUAAAAACAAAUAAUAAACAUAGCCACCAUAUAGCUAUUUCAUUUAUAUGGUAUAUAUUUGAUUUAUUUAUUAAUUCUGUUUUGUACUUUUUUUUUGGUUCCGUGAGAAUUUUUUGCCUCAUACUGUUACUCUUAUAUGCUGAAAUAUUCUUUGCGUUCCUUAUAACAGUGCAUAUCUUUAACAAGUGGAAACGCUUUCUCGUCUGUCACGCAGGUGUUGUAUUCCUUUCAUUUGACCUCAUCUACUGAUUUUGAUGUUUUAAAGAAGAAAAAAAAACAGACUAAUAAAACUAUGCUUUGACAUAUUCUAGGUUUAUUGAUUAGGAUCCAGCAAAUGUAUGGUCAUAGGACUGCAUAUGUGUACAUUGUGUUUUAUUAAAAAACAUUUCAUGUGACUGUAUGAUGAAGCCUUUCAUUAUUGUCUGUGGCUAUAAUAUAUGUGGCUAAAC